ACUCCCCGCGCGCAUCAGGAAGCGUUCUGUCCUCGCGCAAAACGACCUCCAAACACUUCCGCUCCGCUCGCCGCGUCAGCAGCAUCUCUCCUCGGCGUCUCUAACGUUAACGUUCCGUUACUCGCGAACAUUCCCACUGCGUGCAGACCGCGCGUGAUGGCCGCGUAUAAGCUGGUGCUGAUCCGCCACGGCGAGAGCUGCUGGAACCAGGAGAACCGAUUCUGCGGCUGGUUCGACGCCGAUCUGAGCGAAACCGGAGCGGAGGAGGCCAAGAGGGGCGGCCGGGCCCUGAAAGAUGCGGGUUAUGAGUUUGACAUCUGCUACACGUCUGUGCUGAAGCGUGCCGUCAGGACCCUGUGGCUGGUGCUGGACCGCAUCGAUCAGAUGUGGCUGCCCGUGCAUCGCACCUGGCGUCUGAACGAGCGCCACUACGGCGGCCUGACGGGCCUCAACAAAGCCGAGACAGCGGCCAAUAAAGACUCGUUUGGCGAGCCCUGCCCACCGCCCGGAGCGCGAGCGCUGCUGUCACACACACCUGUCCUCAAAGUGCUGCAGAGCACUCACCUGUGUGCCUCUACACCAGCUCACGGCUGA